AAGCUCUGGAUAGAGCUGCUCAUCAUCCGGCCCUCCUCGCAGUACAUCGUGGCUCUGGUCUUCGCUACCUACCUGCUCAAGCCCAUCUUCCCCACCUGCUCGGUGCCCGACGAGGCUGCCAAGCUGGUGGCCUGUCUCUGUGUCCUGCUCCUCACGGCGGUGAACUGCUACAGCGUGAAAGCUGCCACUCGUGUUCAGGAUGCCUUUGCUGCAGCAAAACUGCUGGCGCUGGCUCUGAUCAUCAUUCUUGGCUUUGUGCAGCUUGCAAAGGGCGAUGUGACACACCUGACUCCUGAGCACUCCUUUGAAGGCACAAAAGUAGGCGUGGGGAACAUUGUGUUAGCUUUGUACAGCGGCCUCUUUGCCUAUGGAGGAUGGAAUUACUUGAAUUUUGUUACAGAAGAGAUGAUAAACCCCUACAGAAACCUGCCUCUGGCUAUCAUCAUCUCCCUACCUGUAGUCACUUUGGUUUACGUGCUGACAAACUUGGCUUACUUCACGACCCUGUCGACGGAGCAGAUGCUGACGUCGGAAGCCGUGGCCGUGGAUUUUGGGAACUAUCACCUUGGUGUCAUGUCCUGGAUCAUACCUGUCUUUGUUGGCUUAUCGUGCUUUGGAUCUGUUAACGGAUCUCUCUUCACUUCUUCCCGGCUGUUCUUCGUGGGAUCCCGAGAAGGACACUUGCCUUCAAUCCUGUCCAUGAUUCACCCCAGGCUCCUCACUCCCGUGCCAUCCCUCGUCUUUACGUGCAUCAUGACCUUGCUCUAUGCCUUCUCCAACAACAUUUUCUCAGUCAUCAACUUCUUCAGCUUCUUCAACUGGCUGUGCGUGGCUCUGGCCAUCAUCGGCAUGAUGUGGCUGCGUUACAAGAAGCCAGAGCUGGAAAGGCCCAUCAAGGUGAACAUCUGCCUGCCCAUUUUCUUCAUCCUGGCCUGCUUGUUUCUCAUCGCUGUUUCCUUUUGGAUGACGCCGAAGGAAUGUGGGAUCGGCUUUGCCAUCAUCUUCAGCGGGCUCCCUUUUUACUUCUUCGGGGUCUGGUGGCAAAACAAGCCCAAGUGGGUUCUCCAAGGCAUCUUCUCCGCGACAGUCCUGUGCCAGAAACUGCUGGAAGUGGUUCCACAAGAAUGA